CGAGGCAUGAGAUAAGAGGCCGGGCCACAUAGGCACUGUGGAUUUAAGAAGCUACAAAGCAAGGACGUCUCCACCUCCUGCCCUCCUCUCCGCGUCUCCAGGCUGCUUCAGCUCAAGAAGAGACUCCAGUGCUGGCCCUUAGUCCUCUCUGCGGCUGGCACUAAAGAGCAGUGCCACCGAGAACCGCAAGGCAGAACUUAACCUGCAGGGACAAUGCCCUGCCCAUCAAGGCCCAGUGACUUGGUUUUCUUUGUGAAUGGGAGGAAGGUGAUAGAGAGGAAUGCAGACCCAGAAGUGACACUGCUGACCUUCCUACGAAAGAACUGGAUCCUUUGUCUCACAGGGACCAAGUAUGCCUGCGGAACAGGAGGCUGUGGCGCCUGCACUGUGAUGGUGUCGGAGCAUGACCCCAUAUCCAAGAAGAUAAGGCAUGUCUCUGUCACCGCCUGCCUGGUGCCCAUCUGCUCACUGUAUGGAGCUGCUGUCACCACCGUGGAAGGUGUUGGAAGCAUCAAAACCAGGCUUCACCCGGUGCAGGAGAGGAUUGCCAAGAGCCAUGGCACCCAGUGCGGAUUCUGCACCCCUGGGAUGGUGAUGUCCAUGUACACGCUGCUCAGGAACCAUCCACAGCCCUCAGAGGAGCAGCUCAUGGAAGCCCUGGGAGGUAACCUGUGCCGCUGCACUGGGUAUCGGCCCAUUCUCGAGAGCGGGAAGACCUUCUGCGCGGAGUCAAAUGGCUGUCAACAGAACAGAACAGGAAAAUGCUGCUUGGACCAGGGAGAAAAUGGGUCCUCGUCCCCCGGCAGAAAGAAUGUCCUUUGCACGGAGUUAUUUUCGAAAGAGGAGUUCCAGCCUUUGGACCCUACCCAGGACCUUAUAUUCCCUCCAGAGCUCUUGAGGAUGGCAGAGAACCCAGAAAAACCAACCCUGACUUUUUAUGGAGAGAGAGUGACUUGGAUCUCCCCUGGGACCCUCAAGGAGCUCCUGGAGCUGAAAGUGAGGCACCCGGAAGCCCCUGUCGUCCUGGGCAGCACCUCGCUGGGACCUGCAAUGAAAUCUCAAGGACAUUUUUACCCGAUUCUCCUCUCUGCUGCUAGGAUCUCUGAGCUGCGGAUGGUAACAAAAACAAGUGAUGGUCUAACGAUUGGGGCUGGCUGCAGCCUGGCGCAGGUGAAGGACAUCUUGGUUGAGAGGAUAUCUGAGCUCCCGGAGGAGAAAACCCAGACCUACCGAGCCCUCGUAAGGCACCUGCAGUCUCUGGCGGGCCAGCAGAUCCGGAAUCUGGCGUCCCUAGGAGGACAUGUUAUAAGCCGCCACUGCUACUCAGACCUGAAUCCGAUUCUUGCUGUGGGCAAUGUGACUCUGAAUCUGAUAUCUGAAGAUGGAGCGCGGCGCACUCCCCUGGAUGAACAUUUCCUGGCUGGCUUGGCGAGCGCGGACCCCAAGCCGCAGGAAAUCUUGGAGUCCGUGUACAUCCCUCACUCGCAAAAGUGGGAAUUCGUGUCAGCCUUCCGACAGGCUCAGUGCCAGCAGAACGCCCUGCCCGACGUAACUGCCAGCAUGCGUGUGCUUUUCAGAGAAGGCACAGACACCGUAGAGGACCUGAGCAUUGCCUAUGGAGGCGUGGGGGCCGCCCCCAUCAUCGCGCGAAAAUCCUGCCAACAGCUCCUGGGGAGGCGCUGGAAUGAGCUGAUGCUGGAUGAGGCUUGCAGGCUGCUUCUGGAGGAAGUCCGCCUCAUGGGCUCGGCUCCAGGUGGCCGGGUAGAAUUCAAGAGGACCCUGGUGGUCAGCUUCUUCUUCAAAUUCUACCUGGAGGUUUUGCAGGAGCUGAAGAAGCUGGCAAAGCUGUGCUCUGUGCUUGACAGCCGUCAUCAUCCUGAGAUUGCAGACCGGUUCCUAAGUGCACUACAAGAUUUCCCAGUCACAGUGCCCCAGGGAGUGCAAAUGUACCAGAGUGUGGAUUCUCAGCAACCUCUCCAAGAUCCAGUUGGACGCCCCAUCAUGCACCUGUCGGGUCUGAAACAUGCCACAGGCGAAGCUGAAUUUUGUGAUGACAUCCCCAUGGUGGAUAAGGAACUUUUCAUGGCUUUGGUGACCAGUACCAGGGCUCACGCCAAAAUCAUAUCAAUAGAUUUGUCUGAGGCCCUCGAACUACCAGAGGUGGUUGAUGUGAUAACAGCUGAUGACAUUCCAGGCACCAACGGUGCUGAAGAUGACAAAUUACUGGCUGUGGACAAGGUACUUUGUGUGGGCCAGAUCAUCUGUGCUGUGGUUGCAGAGACAGACGUGCAGGCCACGCGAGCAGCUGGAAAGAUCAAGAUCACUUAUGAGGAUCUGGAGCCCAUGGUCUUCACCAUUGAGGACGCCAUAAAACACAAUUCAUUCCUAUGCCCUGAAAAAAAACUUGAACAAGGAAAUGUCGAGAAGGCAUUUGAAAAAGUGGAUCAAAUUGUUGAAGGAGAGGUCCACGUUGGCGGACAAGAGCAUUUUUAUAUGGAAACACAAAGAGUGCUUGUAAUUCCAAAGGCCGAAGACAAAGAGCUGGACAUUCACGUGUCUACCCAGGAUCCAGCCCACGUGCAGAAAACAGUGUCGUCCACGUUAAACAUCCCCCUCAACAGGAUCACCUGUCAUGUGAAACGAGUGGGUGGAGGUUUCGGAGGGAAGGUGGUCAGGCCAGCUGCAUUUGGAGCCAUUGCAGCAGUAGGCGCUGUUAAAACUGGCCGUCCCGUUCGUCUGGUUCUUGAUCGUGAAGAUGACAUGUUAAUAACCGGGGGAAGGCACCCAUUAUUUGGAAAAUACAAAGUGGGCUUCAUGAACAACGGGCGCAUCAAAGCUCUGGACGUGGAAUGCUAUGUUAACGGAGGAUGCACGCUGGAUGACUCCGAGCUGGUAACAGAAUUUCUCAUACUAAAGCUGGAAAAUGCAUAUAAGAUCCGCAACCUCAGGUUCCGGGGCCGAGCAUGCAUGACAAACUUACCUUCCAAUACGGCCUUCCGUGGAUUUGGCUUCCCACAGGGGACCCUGGUGACAGAAGCUUGCAUCACAGCUGUGGCAGCCAAAUGUGGCCUCCUUCCAGAACAGAUCAGGGAGAAAAACAUGUACAAAACAGUUGACAAAACCAUCUACAAACAAGCCUUCAGCCCUGAGGCCCUGAUAAGAUGUUGGGCAGAAUGCCUGGACAAGUCGUGCUUUCACAGCCGAAGAAUUCAAGUGGACGAGUUCAACAAGCAGAAUUACUGGAGGAAGAAAGGCCUUGCUGUCAUCCCCAUGAAGUUCUCGGUUGGCUUUGCUGCGACCACCUUUCAUCAGGCUGCGGCACUCGUCCAUGUCUACACGGACGGGUCUGUGCUGGUCACUCACGGAGGCAAUGAACUGGGACAAGGAAUUCACACCAAAAUGCUCCAGGUGGCCAGCCGCGAAUUAAAAAUACCCAUGUCUUACAUGCACCUCUGCGAAACAAACACAGCAACUGUGCCGAACACGAUUGCUACAGCAGCAUCCAUUGGUGCAGAUGUCAACGGCCGAGCAGUGCAGAACGCGUGCCAGGUGCUUCUGAAACGCCUGGAGCCCAUCAUUAAAAAAAAUCCAGACGGUUCAUGGAAGGACUGGAUUGGAGCUGCAUUCGAGAAACGAAUCAGUCUCUCAGCCACUGGAUAUUUCAGGGGUUACAAGGCCUUCAUGGACUGGGACAAGGGGGAAGGGGACCCGUUCCCCUACUACGUCUACGGAGCCUCCUGCUCAGAGGUGGAAAUCGACUGCCUGACAGGCGCUCACAGAAAAAUCAGAACGGACAUCGUCAUGGAUGCAUGUUGCAGUCUAAAUCCAGCUAUUGACAUUGGGCAGAUCGAAGGUUCCUUCAUUCAGGGAAUGGGCCUUUACACCACCGAAGAGCUGCACUACUCCCCCGAAGGCAUCCUUCUGUCUCGGAGCCCGAAUGAGUACAAAAUUCCAACCGUCACUGAUGUCCCGGAGGUGUUUAAUGUCUCCCUCUUGCCAUCAUCCCAAACCCCGCUGACCAUCUAUUCAUCCAAGGGCCUCGGAGAGUCUGGAAUGUUCCUGGGGUCCUCUGUCUUCUUUGCCAUUGCCGACGCAGUGGCGGCAGCACGCAGAGAAAGAGACAUGGCCGAGGACUUCACGGUGACGAGCCCAGCCACGCCGGAGCGGGUUCGGAUGGCCUGUGCAGACCGCUUCACAGAAAUGAUUCCAAGAGAUGAUCCUAAGACAUUUAAACCUUGGUCGAUCCCUGUAGCAUAAUACUUCUGUGAUUUCCUUAAAGGUGUUUCAGAUUUUCAUGAAUGAAAAAUGGCUUAUUGAUUUUUGCUGGACUCCAAAUUGCUAUUUCCAUAAUGUUAUGGAACCACACACAUACACACACACACACACACAAUCUAGAAACUAGAUUCGAACUUGAUUAUAUUAACAAGAUGAAUCAUUAUUUACAAAUCAUUUAGUUAGACUGUCUAGGCUAGAGGCCACCAGACAGGUACUGUAGUAUCCAAGGGAGACAGGUUUAUUGCUGAUUGCUUUAAAAACAAGCAGGGGCUGGGGUUCUGGCACAGUGGGUUAAGCCAGCUGCUGCAAAGCCAGCAUCCCAUAUGGGUACCGAUUUGAGUCCUGGCUUCUCCACUUCUAAUCAAGUGCCCUGCUCAUAUGCCUGGGAAAGCAACAGAAGAAGUGCUUGGGCCCCUGCACCCAUGCAGGAGACCACAAGAAGCGCCUGGCUCCUGGAUUUGGCCUGACCCAGCCUCAGCCAUUUGGGAAGUGAACCAGUGGAUGGAAGAUCUCUCCCUCUUUCUCUCUGUAGCUAAUUCUGCCUUUCAAAUAAAUAAAAUAAACCUUAAAAAUCAAACAAAUAUAUAAAUGUUGCUGUAAUCACUAAAUCUCCCUUUCUGGGCGCUUGCAGUCUGCGUAGACUGGUAAUACAGAUCACAAUCAUUGAGUGAGAGACAUUUCUCAGUAGAGAAAGAUGUAAUCACUUUCCCAGUGAUGUAUUUGAUUCAGAAGCCACAGGGUAGCAGCAUAUAUUUUUGUUCCAUUUAAGCCAUAGAUUGGUCUCUGGAUGUGCACUUGACAGCAAAGGAAAGAUACUUUCUUAACAUAAAUCUGCUAUUUGGUCAGCAUUCUUUUGGAAUUUAAAGGAUUUUUUCUUUAUUGAUGAAAAGCAUUCAAUCUUUGAAGACAGUUUCAGAAAUACCAUGUGGCUCAGUUUCCCACACAUCAAAGUGGGUAACGUGGAGCAAAGGAAUCAUAAAUUGUCAUCCUGCCUGCGCUGUGGCUUAAAACAUGAAGAAUCCACCAACUUCCAUUAACCUGAGCUGUAGGGGCCUGCCAAGGAGGAGAAAUCAGCAUGCAAAUUAGGCCUCAUCUGACCACAGAGGAGGGGGAAAACAGGCCCUUGAGGAGCAGAAGUCACGUGACCAGGCUCAGCCCACCCUGGUCUGGAGCAAGUUUGAAGUGUUUGAAGAAGGUGAGGCAGAGCUGAGUGUGCCAGGUGGCUGGGGAGCUGAACGGUGUAGCCCAGGGGAGGCCGAAGGCCACGGGGGCCAUCAGCUUUGCAUGAAGGGACUGCGGCUCAGCUGCCCACAGCCCCGCUUCUGGCUUUGGGGGACACCCUAGACUACAGGAGCCCAAGGAAAGACGUGGGGCAGGGGCACAAAGAGAAAGGAGACACUGAACCAGCGCUGUGGCUCAGUGGGUUAAAGCCCUGGGGUGAAGCGUCGGCAUCCCAUAUGGGCGCCGGUUCGAGACCCAGCUGCUCUACUUCCAAUCCAGCUCCCUGCUAUGGCCUGGGAAAGCAGUAGAAGAUGGCCCAGAUCCUUGGGCCCCUGCACCCGCGUGGGAGACCCAGAAGAAGCUCCUGGCUCCUGGCUUCUGAUCAGCGCAGCUCCAGCCAUUGCGGCCAUCUGGGAAGUGAACCAGCAGAUGGAAGACCUUUCUGUCUCUACCUCUCUCUGUAACUCUGUCUUUCAAAUAAAUAAAAUAAAUCUUAAAAGAGAGAGAGAGAAAGAGAGAGAGAGAGAGAGAGAGAGAGAGAAGACAGAGAAGAGCUGGGAACUCAGUGGCAGUGGCUGGGGUGAAACAAAGUGAAGGGGCCAGCACCGUGGCUCAUUGCAUCUCAUAUGGGUGCCAAGUUCUAGUCCCGGUUGCUCCUCUUCCAGUCCAGCUCUCUGCUGUGGCCCAGGAGUGCAGUGGAGGAUGGCCCAAGUGCUUGGGCCCCUGCACCCGUGUGGGAGACCAGGAGGAAGCUCCUGGCUCCUGGCUUCGGAUCAGCGUCGCUCCAGCCAUGGUGGCCAUCUGGGGAGUGAACCAAUGGACUGAAGACUUCUCUCUCUCUGCCUCUCCUCUUUCUGUGUAACUCUGACUUUCAAAUAAAUAAAUCUUAAAAAAAAAAAAAAGAGAGAAUGAGAGAUGUUGGUUUUAUCACUUGUAUCACUUUAAAUGAUGGUAAAUACUCUUUAUUAAAAAACUUGGUCUAUUAGGGAUAAGGGUGGUUAGUGGGCAUUUAUUCAUUUACCAUACUAUAAGGCAGUAAAAAAAGAAGGGAGGGCGGGUAGUAUCUGAAUAAAAAUUUUCCUUGUGAGUUGAUGCUGAAAAACCUGCGCUUGUAGGGCCAGUUUUAGGCCUGCCACUUGGGAUGGCUGCAUCCUAUAUCAGAAUGCCAGUACUUGGGGCUGGUGCUGUGGCGCAGUGGGUUAACACCCUGGCCUGAAGCACUGGCAUCCCAUAUGGUUGCCGGUUCUAGUCCCAGCUGCUCCUCUUCCAAUCCAGCUCUCUGCUAUGGCCUGGGAAAGCAGUGGAAGAUGGCCCGAGUCCUUGGGCUCCUGCACCCACACAGGAGACCAAGAAGAAACUCCUGGCUCCUGGCUUUGGAUCAGCCCAGCUCCAGCCAUUGCAGCCAAUUGGGGAGUGAACCAUCGGAUGGAAGAUCUCUCUUUCUCUCUGCCUCUCCUCUCUCUGUGUAACUCUGACUUUCAAAUAAAUAAAUAAAUCUUUAAAAAAAAAAAGAAUGCCAGUAUUCAGUACUUUAUUAAUAUCCGUGCCAUCCCAGAUUUUUUUGUAAAGAUGUAUUUAUUUAAUUGAAAGAGAAGGAGUGGGGAGAGAAAAAGAGAGAGAGAGAAAGAGAGAGAGAUCUCAUCUGCUGGUUCACUCUACAGAUGGCCACACAACAGCCAGUGAGGGGCUGGGCCAGGAGGCUGGAACUCAAUCUGGGUCUCCCACGUGGGUGGCAGGGACCCAGAUAUUGGAACCACCACCUGUUGACUGCCAGAGUUUGGCAUUAGCAGGAAGCUGGAUCAGAAGAGGAGGCAGUACUUAAACCCAGAGGCCCUGAUACAGGAUGCAGGCUUCCCAUGCUGUGCCAAAUGCCCACCCCCAGAACUGUUUUUUAAAGAAAACUAAUUUUAUCCCACAAAGGUCUGGGAACUCCUCCAAGACAAUUUUAAUCCUGCAUUGUAAGAGUGGGACCUGAAAGGCAUCCUAAGAAGAGAAGUUCUACUUUUUGUCAUCAGAGAAAUUGGAAUUAAAUCUACUUAAUGGUAUACUCUAUGGCCUUCUUUUGGAAUAAUUAUUAAUUAUAUUAUCAUUAGCUUAUUUGGAAGGCAAAGCAGCCCUACUUACUGAGUUUCUGUGAGAAAUUAUGAAUAACGUGCAGAUGUUUGGGGAAGAGUGACAUCCUCUACACAGGCGAGGUCUGCUAGGACCACACUCAGUGUGGCAGCAGCCAUGCUGUUCCGCAGGCAGGAGCAGGACUGUUGCUGCUGUGACUACUAGUGUGGCAGUGUCGAGGUCCUGGUCAGUGCAGGUGUUUUUUUUUUUUGUUUUUGUUUUUUUUUUUUGUUUUUGUUUUGUUUUUUUUGACAGGCAGAGUAGACAGUGAGAGAGAGAGACAGAGGGAAAGGUCUUCCUUUUGCCGUUGGUUCACCCUCCAAAGGCCGCCACGGCUGGCGUGCUGCGGCCGGCACACUGCACUGAUCCGAAGGCAGGAGCCAGGUGCUUCUCCUGGUCUCCCAUGGGGUGCAGGGCCCAAGCACUUGGGCCAUCCUCCACUGCCUUCCUGGGCCACAGCAGAGAGCUGGCCUGGAAGAGGGGCAACCGGGACAGAAUCCGGCGCCCCGACCGGGACUAGAACCCGGUGUGCCGGCGCCGCAAGGCGGAGGAUUAGCCUAGUGAGCCGCGGCGCCGGCCAA